ACCGUCUUUAGUAUAUCGUAAAGCAGCCAACUAGAUACUCACCUGGUCCAUUUUCGAUCACGUCUUUUCACAUAAUUAUACUUUCUUACGAAAAAUUUCAAUACGUUUUAUUAUUAUACUUCUGUUUCUUUCUUUUUGUUUUUUUUUUUUUUUUGAUUCAUUUGUCUUUUUUUUUUUUUUUUUUUUUUUUUCCAUAGAAAUUAAUUCUCCUCCUCGAGUUUGCAUUUGUCGCGAAUAAAAAGAAACGUCUUUUUAUCGAUCAAAAUCAGUUAUCUAAGGUGAAUGUUUUAGUUGUCAUCUAGAAAAAGUGUAUGUAAAAACAAAAGAGAAAGAGAGAGCGAAAGAGAGAAAAAACAAGAGACUGGUAACUUCGAUAGUUUGAAAGGAACGAUCCUUCUUCAAACAGGACUGGAAUACAAGCUAUCGAAAUGAUUCAUUUGAAGAACGUGAUAAAUAUCAUUGUACUGAUAACUUUUGUGUUUCACGGAUCUAUCAUCUGUCAGGAUUUCAGAUCGAAUGAUCCAGGACUCAACGAGCCGGAUUUUGUUAUUCCGGAAUACAUACUGCCAUGUUCACGUAAGGAUCCCAAAUUUGAAAUAUGCGUGACGAAAACGUUAAACCAUCUGAAGCCUUAUUUGGUGAAAGGAAUUCCGGAGUUGAAUUUGCUACCGAUCGAGCCAUUAACGAUACCAGAAUUGGGUAUGGAAAAUGGACAAGGUGCAGUUAAAGUUAGUGCACUUUUUUCGAACAUCACAGUCUUAGGCGCUGGAAAUUAUAAUAUGACGAAAGUACGAGUGGAUUUGAAUACAUUGAGGAUCGAUCUUCAUCUAACUAUACCCAAGGUCGAAUUGCAAGGUCGUUAUGAAGUGGCCGGAAACGUUCUUUUGUUUCCCAUUAAAAGUCACGGCGACUUUUGGGCACUUUUUGGUGACGUAUCAGCGAUAGCACGUAUACAAGGAGCGAUAGAAAUUCGAGAUGGUAUACGUUACAUGGGACUUACAAGAUUACUCAUUGAUUUUAGUCUUGGCCGUGCAAGAUUUCGUAUUAUCGAUGAAUUAAAUGGUGACAACGUUAUAGGCCAAGCGAUGAAUCAAUUUCUCAAUCAAAAUGCUAAAGAGAUAAUCGAAGAAAUGAGACCGGCCGCUAGCAGUAGCAUUGCCAAACACUUCCUAUCAUUUCUUAACACGGCCUUCAGGAAGAUACCACUUAAAGUUUGGUUACGUGACGUAUAGUUUACGAUAAUUAAUUACUUUGAUAUUUACUAUAUAACGAAAGAAACGAAAAAGAAAAGAAAAAAAAAAAAAAAAAAAAAAAGAAAGAAAAAAAAAGAAAACAAAAAAAGAAGAAGAAACAAGAGAAGUCGUAAGGAAUGAAAAAGAAGGAAAAAGAAAAAAAAAAAAAAAGAAGAAAAAGAAAAAGAAUGAACGGAAUUAUCGACGAAUUUAUUUAUCGAAUUAUUUUUAUUAUUUGAAUAUUAUCGUACCCAUGUGACAAUACGAGUAUAAACACGUUCUUAUUUAAAAAUAUUUGCUUUAAAAAAAAAAAAAAAAAAGAAACAUUUCAAAAUUAAUUAACGUUUCUUCCUCUUCUUUUUUUUUUUCUUUCUUUCUUUCUUUCCUUCUUUUUCUCUCUUUUUUUUCUUUUUUUAUUUAAUGACUUUAUUUGUACAUAUUAUAAAAACUCGCAUGCGUUCUUUUCAAGGAUACGACAUGUGUAGGAUGAUUCUAUUUCACAUUCAAAAAGAAAAAAAAAAGAAAUAAUAAUAAUAAUAAUAAUAAUAAUAAUAAUAAUAAUAAUAAUAAUAAUAAUAAUAAUACUAAAUUUAUUAACGAACGAACUUUCGAGCGUUUCGAAAGCUGUUCGUUAUCGAUAAGUAAGAAUUAAAAAAGUAAAAAAGGGAAAAAAGAAAUUCUUUCUUUUUUUUUUGUUUUUUUUUUCUUUUUUUUUUCUUUUUUUUUUUUUUUUCUUUUGUUUUUAAUCGAAUAGUAUCGUAGAGUAAAAGUUUUUUUUACAUAUGGAUCUCUAAUAUGCAUACGUGUUGUACAUAUACAUUACAUAAAGUAACGAUCAAUCGAUUUAUAUUCGAUUUAAAUGUGAAAGAUUUUAUCGAUCUCACACUUCUACAAAUUUGCCGUCCAACUUGUAUAUAGUUCUUUUUUUUUUUUUUUCUUCUUCUUCUUCUUUUUUUUUCUCUCUCAUCAUAGAAGACAGUAAAAAAACAAUAACAAUAGAAAAAUCCAAAGUAAGAGAAAUUUAAGUAACUUACGUGUAAUAAUUUUAAGAUCUUUUUUUUCUUUUUUCUAAUUUACUUGUGAUACCAUUUACAUUGUCUACAUACAUAUGCAUAUACAUUUAUUAUAUUAUAAAAAAGAAAUUUUGUACAUAGAAUAAAUCUGAUAAUAAAAUCGAUGAAAAGUAA